ACCGCACAAAGACCACACUAAAAUAAAUUGGAGAAGAAGAAGAAGAAGAAGAAAUGGAAGAAGCCGCUCGAUGACGUAUUUUGUUCUGCGACAGGAACGCCAUAACAAUGUGACGGCUACCCAUGUCUACGUGGUGUUGAGGAGCAGUACAUGUCCCGGCUGUUUGUGGUGGAGGAGGGCAGGCGGAGGAUUGGAACUUUGUGGUCGGCUGUCGGUCAGCAGGAUGGAAACCUGGACCCCCAAUCCCCGAGCCAAGCCUUUUAUCCCCCGCCAACAAAGAAGCUUGUAUCUCACCUGGAAAUACAAGCUAACCAAUAAGAGGACGAUUCGCCGGUUCUGUCAGGCUGGUGCUGUGUUGUUUCUGCUGAUAACUGUCAUAGUCAACAUUAAGCUCAUCUUGGACACUAGAAGAGUAGCUAAUGAAGAUGCAGCAGCUCAAGAAUACGAGGAUACGAUUCCUAACAUGGAGACGCCACGCAGGCCGGCCAAUGGACGCAAGAUCCUGGACAUUGAGGUGUACUCCAGUCGCUCCAAAGUCUACGUGGCAGUCGAUGGCACCACUGUGCUCGAGGAUGACAUGAGAGAGCAAGGCAGAGGCAUCCAUGUGAUAGUUCUCAACCAGGCAACUGGUCACGUGAUGGCAAAGAGGAUAUUUGACACCUAUUCACCCCAUGAGGAUGAAGCCAUGAUCCUCUUCCUCAACAUGGUGACCCGUGGUCGUAUCCUAAUUUUUACCAUUAAAGAUGAGGGCACAUUCCACCUGAAGGACGUUGCUAAGAACUUGCUAAAGAGUCUGGGUAGCCAGGUGUCCCUCAACCUCAGCUGGAGAGACAUGUGGACUCUGGUGGUGAAGAAAGGAGGUCAGGUAUAUGGAGAGAAGCACUCAAAGUCUCCAGCUUUGUCCACCUGGGGAGACCCUGUGUUGUUGAAGACCGAGGUGCAGCUUACUGCCUCUGAAGAGGCAGAGUGUCAUUGGGCAGACACCGAGCUGAACAGGAGGAGGAAACUCUUCUGUAGCAAAGUGGAAGGAUACGGCAGUAUCUGUAGUUGCAAAGACCCGGCACCCAUUGAGUUCAACCCUGACCCUCUCCCCAACAAUAAAGUCUUCAAUGUCCCAGUCGCUGUCAUUGCAGGAAACAGACCCAACUAUCUCUACCGGAUGCUGAGGUCACUUCUUUCAGCUCAUGGCGUGAACCCCCUGAUGAUCACCGUCUUCAUUGAUGGAUAUUAUGAGGAGCCAAUGGAUGUUGUAGAGCUGUUUGGACUUAAGGGAGUUCAGCACACACCCAUCAGCAUCAAGAAUGCCAGGGUGUCCCAGCACUACAAGGCGAGUCUGACUGCAACCUUCAACCUACACCCAGAUGCCAAUUCUGCGAUCGUACUUGAAGAAGACCUGGAUAUUUCCAUUGACUUCUUUAGCUUUCUGAGUCAGACCAUUUACCUUUUGGAUGAGGAUGACAGUCUGUACUGUAUCUCAGCCUGGAAUGAUCAGGGCUAUGAGCACACAGCAGAUGAUCCAGCACUGCUCUACAGAGUGGAGAGUAUGCCUGGUCUAGGCUGGGUCCUGAAGAAGAGCCUCUACAAAGAUGAACUGGAACCAAAGUGGCCAACACCUGAAAAGCUGUGGGACUGGGACAUGUGGAUGCGAAUGCCAGAACAGAGGAAAGGCAGAGAGUGCAUCAUCCCUGAUGUGUCCCGCUCCUACCACUUUGGUAUCAUCGGGCUCAAUAUGAACGGCUAUUUCCAUGAGGUGUAUUUCAAGAAACAUAAGUUCAACACUGUUCCCAAUGUGCAGCUAAAGAAUGUUGACAGCUUGAAGAAAGAUGCUUAUGAAGCAGAGAUCCAAAACCUGCUCAAAGAGGCAGAGGUGCUGGACCACACUAAAAACCCAUGUGAAGAUUCAUUCCUGCCAGACUAUGAGGGGAGGAUCUACGUUAUGUUCAUUAAGAUGGAAACUGAGACAGACACGUCCACUUGGACAGAGCUUGCCAAGUGCCUGCAUGUUUGGGACCUGGAUGUACGGGGAUAUCACAGAGGCCUGUGGCGGCUCUUUAGAAAAAGAAAUCAUGUCUUGGUUGUGGCUGUGCCAAUCUCCCCAUACUCUGUGAAGAAACCAGCCAGUGUAACUCCAAUUCACUUAGAGCCUCCUCCCAAAGAAGAGGGAGCACCAGUGGAACAAAUUUAGACCUGAUGUUUUAUUUACAGACACAAGCAUUUCUACCAGCCCAGGCCUUAAACACGCUGUUAAUUCUCGACAACUACUACUAAUAGUCCAGCAUGGGGCCAACAGCUACCAGUCUGACUUUUUCGAGAAAUUGAACUUGUGUACCAGAGAAUAGCCUGGAAAUGAAGUCCCUUUUUCUCCUCCUCCUUUUUUUUUUUUUGCUGCAUUAAGGAGCUGUGCUAAAUCCGUCCAACAGGUUGAAGAGUUGUGGUAAUGCUAAGACCAGUUUUGGUUAAUGGUGACUUUACAACCAAAAUGAUUUGGUGAUCUGUCAACAACUGUUCUUUUCAUUCCUUUGAUAACUCUGGGCUGAUCCAUGGCGUACUUUGAUUUCAAGUUUUUUGACAAAAAAAAGAUACAAUUGACACACUCAACAUAAUUUAGGCAGUUUUAUUUAGAGUUUUUGUAUUUUUUCCACUACUGAAUGUGCUAUCCAACUUGUAUAUAUCUUUUAACUUAUCUAUAUUUAUUUUACAUCCGUUAAUCAAGUUUUAGUGGAUUGUUUGCUUUUUCCAAAAGAAAAUCCACUUUUAUCACGGUUAGUGCUUUUUCAAGGGCCUAAUGUUUACAAAUAAUAUUGUACAUGCAUGUCUAUAUAUUUUUAAAUGAACAUUUAAAGAGUCAACAUAUUUUUCAAAGACUGAUACAGAGUGAAGAAGCCCUGUGGGUUUUUACCGUUAUUGACUGCUUGGGUCAGUUGCCUCGGAUUAGGUUUAAUGAGGGAAUGUAAAUGGUGGCUGAGAGACAGAAAGCAGAAAAAUUUUCUACAAUUUCAACCCGAUUUGUGUAGAAAUUGUAGCUUAGUAAUACAUAAUGUGUAGACUGACGACAGUGAUGCUUUCCCAUGAUAGGUGCAAACGGAAAGGGGGGGGGGAAGAAGAGCAUCUGGAUUGACAUUUAAUUAGAGCUUAAUGUUAUUGAUUUUUUUGUUAUCAAGAGGAGAAAUAAAGUAACCUUUUUUGUGCUUUUUGGUUAUAUUUAGGCAAAGUUCUCAGACAGUCUUGCAUCUGUUUGUAAACAAAAGUCUGGGGCACUUGGUUUCAUCAGAGACUGCAAAGAAAAUGAAAGAUGAUCAUCAUGGUCAAAGGUCUCGCUAGUCUUUCUGAUCCUACAUGACGAAGAUAGAUGAAUUGAGAAGCAUGAUGCAUGCAAACAUCCCUUAACCUUUUUAUCAUGUGGCAGUAUAGUGACAACAUAAGAAUUUAACUCUGGACAGUUGACUCUGUAAACGGUGCUCAUUACACAACUAGGAACAUUUGAAACUUAGCCCUGAACUUACACAAAUGAAUAGUGAAAAACUGAAAACUCUUUUUCUGUGUUGCACAAUUACUUGCUUUUUUAAUUUUAAAAGUAUGGUUUUAUUUUAAAUAGUAUUUUUCUGGAGGCCUUGCAAGCUGAAUGCUGCUGACAGGUUUUGAUGCACGCAUAUGUUAAUACUUUGUAGUAUUUUUAAGAGUUGACUUAAUUUCUUGGUGGUGCUUGUCAGUUUUGGUGUCUCUCAACCACCGCUGAAGCCAGAGGCUCCAUAAUUUCCAUCCCCAGUAAACAGAGAUAUCAGCUUGGAAAAUUUGUAUAAGCAGAAUAUAAAAAUCUUUAUCUCAGUGCUGCUGAGUUACUACUUACCAGAAUGACCCUUCUAUGUUUUAUGACUUGAAACAAGUGCUGUGAUCAGAUAUUAUCAGCUUGAACUCAUGUUUGUUCCAAAUUUUCCUUUGUUUUAUUCUUUCAUUGGACUGCUCUCUAUGUCAGAGUGGGGAAAAGGUUGAUAGGUUUGUUCUAAAAUGUUGCUGGACAGAUUUAGUGUCCUAAUAAACUGAAACUGAAAAUUU